AUGUCGAGCCAACCCCUCCUCCAGACUGCCCCGGGCAAGCGCAUCGCACUCCCCACCCGCGUCGAGCCCAAAGUCUUCUUCGCCAACGAGCGUACCUUCCUCUCAUGGCUCAACUUCACCGUCAUCCUCGGCGGUCUGGCCGUGGGUCUCCUCAACUUCGGUGACCGUAUCGGUCGCAUCUCUGCCGCCUUGUUCACUAUCAUUGCCAUGGCAGCCAUGAUCUACGCCGUGGUGACGUUUCACUGGCGCGCGCAGAGUAUUCGGCGGCGGGGGCAGAGCGGUUUCGACGACCGCUUCGGACCUACGGUUCUCGCUAUUGCCUUGUUGGCCGCCGUCGUGGUCAACUUUAUCCUCCGCAUGCGUGAUAACGAGCUGAACUAA